AAAAUAUUAAUAUCUCUGCAGUCGCCUCAGUACUUAAAUGCCAAUAAAAAGAGAUCCUGAAAGUUUAUCCAUUUAACAAGUCACAGUAGCUGCUGCUGUGGCCAUUGAAUCUCCGACAAGAUGCAGCAGCAACACCAAGAUGAUUCUAUGGGUAAAGGUGUCAGCAGCUUCACACAUGUUCUGGCUGCCACCUUCGCCAGUUUGAUUGCCGCCGCCCAACGUUACCGCCGGCCUGAAUCCACGGUGGUGGGAGACCAGAAUAUCAUUCCCCAAUUACAUAGGACAGAAUCCGGCCGUGUUGGAAAGAUUGAAACUUUCUCCCACUAUGUUGCUAGACAGAUAGGAUUUGAAGAUGCUAGUGAGGUGCCAGAGCUAUGUAGAUUGGCCCAAGACUAUUUGAUUAAAUUCAAAGGGUGUGAAGAAAGCAUCUAUGAAUAUCUUGAUAAAGAGAAGGAAACUGAUUCUCUAUAUGUGAAAUUGGUUGAUGAGUUUGACAGAUGCAUCCUCAGUUAUUUCGCAUUUCACUGGAACCAAGCUGCAUCUAUGAUUAGUCAGGCUUUGAGUAUUGAGCCUAAGGAGAAAAUAAAGCUGAAGGAAAUUAUAUUGGCAGCUACAAGGAAACAGAGGUUUGAGAGAGUAAGCGAGAAACUGAAGGUAACAAGGCUGUUCUCUACUUUGGUGGAAGAGAUGAAAGCAAUAAGGGGUGACUCACAAUGUACAGAUGUCAUGGUCCCUGUGGCCCACAGUGAGAGGAGUCCAGUGCUGCUUCUUAUGGGUGGUGGCAUGGGAGCUGGAAAGAGCACUGUUCUUAAAGACAUUCUUAAAGAACCCUUUUGGUCAGGAGCAGCUAAAAAUGCCGUGGUCGUUGAGGCAGAUGCUUUUAAGGAGAGUGACGUCAUAUAUAGAGCCCUUAACUCUAGGGGUCAUCAUGAUGACAUGCUCCAAACUGCUGAAUUGGUGCAUCAAUCUUCCACUGAUGCUGCAUCAUCCCUACUAGUGACAGCUCUAAAUGAGGGGCGAGAUGUGAUCAUGGAUGGUACCUUAUCUUGGGAACCUUUUGUGGAGCAGACUAUUGCUAUGGCAAGAAAUGUUCACAAAUGUAUGUACCGAAUGGGGGUAGGGUAUAAAGUAGCUGAAGAUGGAACUGUUACUGAAAACUACUGGGAGCAAGUGAAUGAGGCAGAAGAAGAAGAACAUCAACUAGAGAUAAAUAAUAAUAGAGAAUCACGCAAUCGAAAGCCAUAUAGAAUAGAGCUAGUUGGUGUAGUUUGUGAUGGCUAUCUUGCUGUUGUUAGAGGCAUUAGGAGAGCUAUUAUGACAAGGAGGGCAGUGAGGGUAAAUUCACAAUUGAAAUCUCACAAAAGAUUUGCUAAUGCAUUUCCAAGAUACUGCAAACUUGUUGACAAUGCCAGGCUGUUCAGCACAAAUUCUGCUCGUGGUCCGCCAAAGCUCAUAGGGUGGAAGGAUGGUGAUCACAAUCUACUAGUGGAUACUGAAGAGAUCAAAUGCUUGAAAAUGAUAGGAGGUUUGAAUGCUGAAGCUGAUUCCAUCUACGAACUUUACAAGGAACCCAGCCCUAUAAUGGAACCGGGUUCUGUUUGGAAUGAUAUUGUUCUGUCAGCUUCAAGGCCGAGUGAUCAGAAAGAGUUAAGAGAAUGCAUUCAGAAAAUAGAGAAAUCCAUCAGAAAAAUGUAAUCAAUAUUGUUGCAUGAUAUGUUGCAGUCAAAACCAAGUUUUGGACUAUCUUACGAAGUAUUAAGUUAUCAAAUUUUGUAUAUACAUUAAUCAUAUGGUUUAUUAAUAUAAGAAAGAAGACUGCCAUGUAUUCGUUUUCCUGAUAUGUGCUCAUGUUAUGA